UCCCGGCCUGUCUGGAGCGCGGCAGCGGCAGUGGCGGCGGCACGGCAGGCACCGGCCCGGGGAGCGGCACCAUGAGCGGAUCACAGAACAAUGACAUGAAAAGACAGUUUCUGCUGGAGCGACUGUUGGAUGCAGUGAAACAGUGCCAGAUCCGCUUUGGAGGGAGAAAGGAGAUCGCCUCGGAUUCCGAUAGCAGGGUAACCUGUCUUUGUGCCCAGUUUGAGGCCGUCCUGCAGCAUGGCUUGAAGAGGAGUCGAGGAUUAGCACUCACAGCGGCCGCGAUCAAACAGGCAGCGGGCUUCGCCAGCAAAACCGAAACAGAGCCCGUGUUCUGGUUCUACGUGAAGGAGGUCCUCAGCAAGCACGAGCUGCAGCGCUUCUACGCCCUGCGCCACAUCGCCUCGGACGUGGGCCGCGGCCGCGCCUGGCUGCGCUGCGCCCUCAACGAGCACUCCCUGGAGCGCUACCUGCACAUGCUCCUGGCCGACCGUGGCAGGCUCAGCACUUUUUAUGAAGACUGGGCAUUUGUGAUGGAUGAAGAAAGGUCUAGCAUGCUUCCUACCAUGGCAGCUGGUCUGAACUCCAUACUUUUUGCGAUUAACAUCGACAACAAGGACUUAAACGGGCAGAGUAAGGUUGCUCCCACCGUCUCCGACCUCUUGAAAGAAUCCACGCAGAACGUGACGUCCUUGCUGAAGGAAUCCACGCAAGGAGUGAGCAGCCUCUUCAGGGAGAUCACGGCAUCCUCGGCCGUCUCCAUCCUCAUCAGGCCUGAGCAGGAGACCGACCCCCUGCCUGUCGUGUCCAAGCACGUUGGUGUCGAUGCCAAAUGUAAAAGGGAACGGAAGAAGAAAAAGAAGGUGACCAACAUCAUCUCGUUUGAUGACGAGGAAGACGAGCAGAGCUCCGGGGAUGUUUUUAAGAAGAUCCCUGGGGCAGGGGAGAGCUCGGAGGAGAACUCUGACCGCUCCUCGAUCAAUAUCAUGUCAGCCUUUGAAAGCCCCUUUGGGCCAAAUUCCAACGGAAGUCAGAGCAGCAACUCCUGGAAAAUUGAUUCUCUGUCUUUGAAUGGGGAGUUUGGGUACCAGAAGCUCGAUGUGAAAAGCAUCGAUGAUGAAGACGUGGAUGAGAACGAGGACGAUGUAUACGGGAGCACGCCGGGAAGGAAGCGCCUGGGCCACUCGGAGUUGCUGGAAAAGCCGCUGGACGGGGACGCCUGCCUCUCCCAGAUGCAUAGCUGGGCUCCGCUGCAGGUGCUGCACGGCGACGCCGACGUGCUCUUCCCAGUCAACGGCAUGGGCUCCUACAGCCCUGCAGAUGCCCCCCUCGGGAGCCUGGAGAACGGGACGGGACCCGAGGACCGCGUCCUCCCGGAGCCCGGACCUCGGUACAGUGUGGAUGCCAGUCCCCCAGGCCAAGGAAGUCCACUGAGCAGCCUGUUACCUUCUGCCUCGGUGCCAGAGUCCAUGACAAUUAGUGAACUGCGACAAGCCAUCGUGGCCAUGAUGAACAGGAAGGAGGAGCUGGAAGAGGAGAACAGGUCGCUGCGGAACCUGCUUGACGGUGAGAUGCAGCACUCAGCCACGCUCCGCCAAGAGGUCGACUCCUUGAAAAGGAAGGUGGCCGAGCAGGAGGAGCGGCACAGCACGAAGGUCCAGGCGUUGGCAAGAGAAAACGAGGUGCUCAAAGUCCAACUGAAGAAAUACGUAGGAGCUGUCCAGAUGCUGAAACGAGAAGGUCAAACAGCUGAAGUUGUACCAAAUCUUUGGAAUGUGGAUGGUGAAGUUACAGUUACUGAGCAGAAGCCGGGAGAAGUCGCCGAGGAACUAGCAAGCUCCUACGAAAGGAAGCUCAUCGAGGUGGCGGAGAUGCAUGGGGAGCUGAUGGAGUUCAACGAGCGCCUGCACCGGGCCCUGGUGGCCAAGGAAGCCCUCGUGUCCCAGAUGAGGCAGGAGCUCAUCGACCUCCGCGGGCCGGUGCCUGGAGACUUGAGUCAAACAUCCGAAGACCAGAGUUUGUCGGAUUUUGAGAUAUCAAACCGAGCUCUGAUCAACGUCUGGAUCCCGUCAGUGUUUCUCCGGGGCAAAGCUGCCAACGCGUUCCACGUGUAUCAGGUCUACAUCCGGAUAAAAGAUGACGAGUGGACCGUGUACCGGCGGUAUGCGGAGUUCAGGAGUUUGCAUCACAAGUUACAGAACAAAUACCCUCAAGUGAGGGCCUAUAACUUCCCACCCAAAAAGGCCAUUGGAAACAAGGAUGCCAAGUUUGUGGAGGAACGCAGGAAGCAGCUCCAGAACUACCUGCGUAGCGUCAUGAACAAGGUCAUCCAGGUGGUGCCCGAGUUUGCUGCCAGCCCCCAGAAAGAGACCCUGGUCCAGCUGAUGCCCUUCUUCAUCGACAUCACUCCUCCCGGAGAACCGCUCACCAAGAACAGCCGACCCAAAGCGGCUUCCCGCUUCCCCAAGCUGUCCCGAGGUCACCCCAGGGAGACGCGCAACGUGGAGCCCCAGAGCGGCGACCUCUGACCUCGACGGCCACCCAGACUCGGGCCCUACGUGCCACGCCAGCUGCCUCCACCCUGGCCACGGCAGCUGGCCCCUUCCACCUCGGAGGGACAACCCUGUCCCCCGGUGAACCCCAGAGAGCACACCUUCCCCGUGGGGCACGUGACACCCCGAUUAAACUGGGCCGUGUGAGAGCAGGGCGGCUCCUCUCUGGACAGACGCAGACACGCGGGCCCUGCUCUCCCCAGGCCCUGCCCUGGGCCACGAGGGCCAGCCGUUCCCCUCCCUCCAGCCCAGGGGCCAGCAGGAGGGUGGGCGCCGGGUCAGGCUUGGAGUCUCCCUGGUCGAGAUGCACAAGUCUGAUGUCUCAUUUGGUCAGAAGGUUCAUUCAGAAACCACGUCUUGACUCUUUCCCCUGUGGGAAUUCGAAUGACUGUUACCUUUUUUGUUUUCUCCUGUUUAAUGUACUUGCCUGCUACAACCUAUGGGCACGGAAGGUUUGGGCUGGGGUGGCUCCUGUCCAUGCACUCCCCAUCGGUGGUCAGUAGACACCCUAGUUCUUGACACCGUGCUCCAGGGAAACAGUCCCAUGGCCUUCAUGCAAAGGAGCCGUUAGAAGGAUGCGGAACUGUGGUUCUUGGAGAACUUCCCUACCUCCUUGUGGUUGAUUCUGGAAGGACCAGCCCCUACAGGAAACCUGAGGCCCCCUAGGCCCACGUGCACCUGCUCAGGCCAGCCAUCAGCGGCAACCUGGUGACCCGUCCUGGAGUGCCCUGGGCUAUCCAGGAGUCG